AUGGCAUGGGACAUCGCCCAGUGUGAGAUCCAUGCAACAGUUGAUGUUGUAGGUGCCCAGUGUGAGAUCCAUGCAACAGUUGAUGUUGUAGGUGCCCAGUGUGAGAUCCAUGCAGCAGUUGAUGCUGUAAACAGCCUUUGUGAGAUCCAGGCAGCAGUUGAUGUUGUAGACAGCCAGUGUGAGAUCCAUGCAACAGUUGAUGUUGUAGGUGCCCAGUGUGAGAUCCAUGCUGCAGUUGAUGUUGUAGGUGCCCAGAGUGAGGUCCAGGCAGCAGUUGAUGUUGUAGACAGCCAGUGUGAGAUCCAUGCAACAGUUGAUGUUGUAGGUGCCCAGUGUGAGAUCCAUGCAGCAGUUGAUGCUGUUAACAGCCUUUGCGAGAUCCAUGUAACAGUUGAUGUUGCAAACAGCCUUUGUGAGAUCCAUGCAGCAGUUGAUGCUGUUAACAGCCUUUGUGAGAUCCAUGUAACAGUUGAUGUUGCAAACAGCCUUUGUGAGAUCCAUGUAACAGUUGAUGCUGUAAACAGCCUUUGUGAGAUCCAUGCAACAGUUGAUGUUGUAGGUGCCCAGUGUGAGAUCCAUGCAACAGUUGAUGCUGUUAACAGCCUUUGCGAGAUCCAUGCAACAGUUGAAGCUGUUAACAGCCUUUGCGAGAUCCAUGCAACAGUUGAUGUUGUAGGUGCCCAGAGUGAGAUCCAUGCAGCAGUUGAUGUUGUAGGUGCCCGGAGUGAGAUCCAUGCAGCAGUUGAUGUUGUAGGUGCCCAGAGUGAGAUCCAUGCAGCAGUUGAUGUUGUAGGUGCCCAGAGUGAGAUCCAUGCUGCAGUUGAUGUUAGUGAGAUCCAUGCAGCAGUUGAUGUUGUAGGUGCCCAGAGUGAGAUCCAUGCAGCAGUUGAUGUUGUAGGUGCCCAGAGUGAGAUCCAUGCAGCAGUUGAUGUUGUAGGUGCCCAGAGUGAGAUCCAUGCAGCAGUUGAUGUUGUAGACAGCCAGUGUGAGAUCCAUGCAGCAGUUAAUGUUGUAGGUGCCCAGUCUGAGCUCCAUUCAGCAGUUGAUGUUGUAGGUGCCCAGUGUGAGAUCCAUGCAACAGUUGUUGUUGUGAUGUCUUACUAA